AUGCCCGGUGUUCCGCCUAAUGCGUUUCGGCAGCUGAAGCAGGGACUCAAGUCUCUGCUUCGGAGGAAGAAGAAGAACCCCCAGAACAAACCCACCGAUCAACCCGCGGAGAACGCUGCUGCGUCGCCAGCUGAAGCCAAGCCUGACGAGCCCGCUGCGGCUGCAGACCCCAAGACUGAAGCAACCGCUACGGAUAAGCCCGCUGAAAACGCAACCGCGGAGUCCUCCCAAACGAAGCCUGAGAACCCCGAAGCUGCUCCGGCACCGGCUCCCGAGGCCAAGCCCGAAGCUCCAGCCGCCGAGACGACGGCAGAAGCUUCAGCGCCGGAAACAAAGACGGAUGGUACUGCGGAGGCAAAGACCGAACCGGCCGCCCCAGCUGAGGCACCAGCUGCGGCACCAGCUGCGGCCGAAAAGCCCGCUGAGACGAAGCCUCAAGAGGCCAAAUAG